AGAAGGAAGAUUAAGUUAAGAUAGAGAAGCAAAUGAAUGAAUCUUGGGGGUUAUGCAUGGUAGAGCCAGCUGAGCUUAGAGAGAUCGCAUAGAGAAUAAAUCAGGUAAGAUGGGUUGCUGCCAGUCAUCGUUGAUGCUGAGAGUGAGAGAGGGAGGAGACACUCACCCUCACCCUGACAAGAAGGAGAAGGAGAAGGAGAAGGAAAACCACAAGGAUCAGGCCCCCUACCUCCGCAACCACCAGAAGGAGUCCCUCGCAAUCGCAGUCCCAGCCACAGUGGCACCCGCUGCUCCUGACCGCUGGUGGCUCUCCUUCUCGGAGUUCUCGCUGGCGGAGCUGAAGGCCGCCACCGACAAUUUCAGCUCCGAAUUCAUAGUGUCGGAGAGCGGGGACAAGCCCCCUAACCUCGUUUACAAGGGGCGCCUCCGCGACCACUGGAUUGCCGUCAAGAAGUUCCCGAAGGCCGCCUGGCCCGAUCCCAAGCAGUUCGUGGAAGAGGCCUCCGGCGUCGGCAACCUCCGGCACCCCCGCCUGGCCAAUCUCAUCGGCUACUGCUGCGACGCUGACCACCGCCUUCUGGUGGCCCAGUACAUGCCCAACGACACCCUGGCAAAGCACCUCUUCCACUGGGAGAAUCAGACGAUUGAGUGGGCCAUGCGCUUGAGAGUCGCUCAUUAUAUCGCCCAAGCUUUGAAUUAUUGCAGCUCCGAGGGCCGCCCCUUGUACCAUGAUUUGAAUGCUUACCGUGUUCUUUUCGACGAGGAAGGUGAUCCCCGUCUCUCCUGUUUUGGUUUGAUCAAGAACAGCAGGGAUGGAAAAAGUUAUAGCACAAAUCUUGCUUACACUCCUCCUGAAUAUUUAAGAAAUGGAAGGGUCACCCCUGAAAGUGUCAUUUACAGCUUUGGGACCGUUCUUCUAGAUCUGCUUAGCGGCAAGCACAUCCCUCCAAGUCAGGCACUAGAUAUGAUACAGGGUAAAAACAACAUGCUUUUGAUGGAUUCACAUUUGGAGGGGAAGUUUUCUAUAGAAGAGGCAAAUGUAGUUGUUAAUCUUGCCUCUAAAUGUUUGCAAUAUGAACCUAGGGAGCGACCUGAUACAAAGGAUUUGGUUACAACACUUGCUCCACUGCAUACAAAACCUGAUGUUCAUUCUCACAUUAUGCUUGGAAUUCCAAAACAAGAGGAAGCUCCAUCAACCCCACAACGGCCUCUUUCUGCAAUGGGAGAAGCUUGUUCUAGAAUGGACCUAACUGCAAUCCAUCAGAUCUUGGUUGCGACACACUACAGAGACGAUGAGGGAACCAAUGAGUUGUCAUUCCAAGAGUGGACCCAACAGAUGAGAGACAUGCUGGAGGCAAGGAAGCGUGGAGACUGUGCAUUUCGUGACAAGGAUUUUAAAACAGCCAUUGAUAACUAUUCCCAGUUUAUUGAUGUGGGAACGAUGGUCUCCCCAACUGUAUUUGCACGGCGCAGUCUGUGCUAUCUUUUAUGUGAUCAGCCAGACCCUGCACUCCGAGAUGCAAUGCAAGCACAGUGCGUUUAUCCAGACUGGCCCACGGCUUUCUAUAUGCAAUCGGUCGCCCUUGCAAAGUUGGACAUGCAGAAGGAUGCCACGGAUAUGCUAAAUGAGGCUGCUGCAUUGGAAGAGAAGAGGCAAAGGGGAGGGAGAGGAUCCUAGUUUGUGGCAUUUGGUCUGAUUUUGAGAUUGCCAAUUUUCUGUAUAAAGGUUGUUGAGCUGGUAAGCAAAAACUGACGAUUGAAUCUGAAAAAAUGUGACACACAAACACAACACUGGUGGAGUAGAUGCAAAUGCACUUUGUUUCACCAAGUUAUUGGAGAAGGUUAUAACCUGAAAACUGCAUAUACGCUCUAAGUUGUUGGGGAGGAAUACCGCUGAUUUUUCCACCCUUUAAUGAAAUUGGUCGAUUGGUCCCUAGAUUAGGUUACUUUCACCCAGUUGUGGAUUGAGUUUUUUUUUUACUUAUAAGUUAUAACAAGUCAAAGGCCAUCAAUGAUGUUCAUUGUGUAUGUGUUAUUAUAAUCUCUGCGGACUAAUAUUAUGUUAGAAGUAAAUAUGCGACCUGUCAUGUCAUCUAUCCUUAUUAGUUUGGAACUAUAUAUUUCUUUUUAUUUUC